UUGUAGAUUAGAGCUUAAUCUGUGAGGGCGCCUCAUUUUUCUCCGCUGUAAAAGCUACAAAAAAUGUUUGAAAUUCUGCUCGGUUUACCGCUGAUUGUGCUCCUUGGCUGUGUCCUGUUGCGGCGUCUCAACCGCAGCUACUUCGUCCUGAGCCUAUGCAAACGAAUUCAAACAGAAGAUGGCAGUCCGCUGGAAAGUAAAAUAGCCGUCAUGCCCGGCAGAACUCGGUUCGGCAAUAACUUUGAUCUGGUCAACUUUACGCCGUCUUCCGUGUUUAAUUUCAUGCGCGACUCAUGUGCCAAUGCCCGGGGACGAAAUUAUCUGUGGUACUUCUUCUCAAUGCCCAUGUACAAUGUCGUUAGAGCCGAGGACGCUGAGGAGAUAUUCCAGAGCAACAGACUAUUGACUAAAAACGUUGUUUAUAGUCUGUUAGGGCCAUUCCUUGGCGAAGGUCUGCUGACCAGCACAGAUCAAAAAUGGCACGCCAGACGCAAGGCUUUGACUCCCGCCUUUCAUUUCAAUGUUUUGCAGUCUUUUCUGACCAUUUUCAAGGAAGAAUGCCACAAGCUGGUCAAAAUGCUGCAUGAGAGUGUGGAGAGGGAGAGCGAGGUGCUGGUGUUGAAUCAAGUCAUUCCGCAGUUUACUUUGAAUAAUAUAUGCGAGACCGCUCUUGGCGUCAAGCUGGAUGAUAUGGCAGAGGGUUUCCAAUACCGCGAAUCGAUCCAUGCCAUCGAAGCUGUCAUCAUGCAACGCAUUUGCAAUCCUUUUCUGUACAACAGUUUGUACUUUUAUAUUUACGGCGACUAUCGGAAGCACAUCGAUAAUCUGAAGAUUGCCCAUGACUUCUCCAGUAGCAUCAUCGAGAGUAGGCGGCGGGAUUUCAAGCGAAAGGAGCUCGGCGUCGUGGAUGAUUUUGGCAAGAAGCAGCGGUACGCCAUGCUGGACACCCUCCUGGCGGCCGAGGCGGAUGGGCAGAUCGACCAUCAGGGCAUAUGCGAUGAGGUGAACACCUUCAUGUUCGAGGGAUACGACACAACCUCCACGUGCCUCAUCUUCACGCUGCUGAUGCUGGCCCUGCACGAAGAGGUGCAGGAGAAAUGCCUGGAGGAGGUGUCAAGGCUCCCCGAGGACACGGAUUCCAUCAGUGUCUUUCAGUUCAAUGAGCUGGUGUACCUGGAGUGUGCGAUCAAGGAGUCCUUGCGCAUGUUUCCCUCCGUUCCCUUCAUUGGUCGCCAAUGUAUGGAGGAGUGUGUCGUGAAUGGUCUGAUUAUGCCAAAGGAUACACAAAUCAACAUCCACAUCUAUGACAUAAUGAGGGAUCCGCGCCACUUUCCAAACCCAAAUGAGUACCAGCCUGAGCGAUUCCUACCCGAGAACACAGUGGAUCGUCAUCCCUUUGCCUUUGUGCCCUUCAGUGCCGGCCAGAGGAACUGCAUUGGACAGAAGUUUGCCAUUCUGGAGAUCAAAGUACUCCUGGCCGCAGUUUUAAGGAACUUUAGGAUCCUGCCAGUGACUCGAUUGGAGGAUCUCACAUUUGAGAAUGGUUUAGUGUUAAGAACGAAGCAAAAGGUGAAAGUGAAAUUGGUAAAACGGUUGGAAUAAGAAUGUUGUUUUGAAUCCCAUAGAAUACAUCAGGGGAAAGAAUUAUACUCUUACAUACAAAAUCA